AUGCCGAUUCGUUGGACCGCAGAUGCUGACCAAACUCUUCUUUUGAAAAUCCUGGAGACUCAAGACCUGAACGUUGACUACGCCAAAGUCGCAGCCGCCUGGCCCGGACCUGCUGAAAAUCGCCCCACCCCUCGUGCAAUCAGGGAGCGUCUUGUCAAGAUCAGGGAGAAUGCUAAAGACACUGCCGGUCUCGCGCAGUCAAGCCCGUCACCCCGCAAAGGACGAAAGUCUGUUUCCAAGGCGGGUACGCUCAAGAAGACCGGCCUGAAACGCAAGCGUGUAUCCACUCCAACCCCUGCCUCCACUGAGGAGGAGGCCGAAUAUGUUGCAGAGGACACCUCGGAGUAUAAAGAUCAUGAAAAGCGGGUGAAACCCACUGAUCCCAGCCGCAACGUCGAGGAAGAGGUGGAUAAUUUCUGUGGAGAGGCUUAA